CACGUAUUAAUGGCAGGAUCCAGUAUUGUGCAUCAACCGAUACAAAUGUGGGGUUUGUAUUACCUAUUAAUCCUAAUGGAUAUCCAAACAAUAUGGCAUUUAAAGCAACAUCAAUCCAGGAAGUUAAAAGACAGUUUCCGGAAGAGAGUAAGGCUAACUACACCUAUGCGUUGGUGGCCCAACCUCUUAUAGCUAAAAGUCCGCAAUUUUGUUAUUGUCUGUAUGGCACAGACAAUAGGUUCUCCUCCAGUGAUGUGCUUCAGCGAUGGAGAACCACAAUAGCUAUGGCCAAAGAUAAUGAAAUUGAAGUUCUUGGCAUGUCAUCUGAUGGGGACAGUAGAUUACUAAAGGUAAUGAAGUAUGUAACAAAGUUAUCUUCCGCGCAAAACAAUGAUGGAUGGCCGUGGUUUCAUGCUGAACUUAACAACAUUUUUCAAAAGAUGUGCACCGUUUAGUGCUAACUGAUAUUAAUUCUCAAGAUAAAAUGAAUUUCACCGCGGUGUUAAAAAUAUGUGAUGCAAAAGUAUUAGAUUUAUUAAAAAGUGCAGUUCCAAACAGCGAAGCGACUAUCUUAUAUUUGACUAUUGUAAAGAACGUUCUGGAUGCUUACAUGCAACAGGAUAUCAAAUUGGAUGAAAGAUUGUAUAAGAUAUGGUAUAGUGUAUUUAUACUACGAAUCUGGAGGCAGUGGAUUAAAGAAUCCGAUAUAUAUACAUUGAAAGACAAUUUUAUCACAUUAAAUAGCUAUACGUGCAUUGAAUUGAAUGCUCACGCCAUGAUUUUACUUAUCAGAAAAUUUGUUAGUGACAAUAAUUUGUCACCGAACAUGUUUCUUCCCCAUCUUAUGAGUAGUCAGCCUUGUGAGCAGCUAUUUAGAGCUACGAGAUCCAUGACGAGUACCUACUCUACUGUGGUGAAUUACAGCAUGUUAGAAAUUUUACAUAGGUUAAACCGUAUUCACUAUCUAGAAGAUGCAAAGCAUGAACUUCAAGGAAAUUUCAAUUUUCCCAAGAGAAUGAGAGUCAGCACUACAACUGAAACUUACUAUGAACCCAUGACUGAUUGUGAUAUAGAAGCUGUAGUAUUAAAGUCACAAAAAGACGCAAUACAUACUGCUGAGAAAAUGGGAAUCAUAAACUGCGACAGAUGGACAUCUAUGAUGGAGCUGAACAAGGUACAAAUAGAUGUAGAUUGUGACGAAAAAUCAAAUGCUGGUAAUGAAGAGGACGGCGACCGAAUCGAUGAUGUUGUGCAAUGCGAGGUGCCAUGUGACGAACAAAGUACGGAUACAUCAAACAAUAAUACAUUGAUAGAAGCGAUUCAAGAAAAUGGUGAUGAUGAUGUGGAUGCAGAGGACACUGAGGUAUUGAAGCAAUGCUUCGGCGAAUCGUUAGACUUAAAGGAUUACACAGAGAAGGUGGACCUAGAUACAAAUAAUCUAUCAGGAGGCCCGUAUUUAAAAGUGGUUUUGAAAAAUGGUGCCACUAAAACCGUAAAAAAAUCUUCAGUAUGUUGGAUGCUAAAUGAAAAUAUAUCAAGAUUGAGUGCUGACCGAUUAUAUAGGUUUAAAGGCCAAACGAAUAAAAAAAAUAUAGUGUUAAACAAAAAUAGAAAAUGUAUUAAAUAUGUAACCGAGGAUGAAAAAAACUCUAAAAAUCAAGUAAGGAAACGUAGAAGCCGAGAUAACAGCUCAUCAGAAUCGGAAUUGGAAAUUGAAAAUAUCGGCCUUCACGAUUCAGAAGACAUUUCAGAUGAAGAACCGAAAAAGAUAAGUAAAGUCAACGUAAACAUUUUGAAUGAACAUUACUAUGCUGUGAAGUACGAUGCUGCGUGGUAUAUAGGGAAAGUGGUCAAUGCAAAGAAAGAAGGGUUGGUGCAAGUGAAAUUUCUGAAAGAAAAUCUUCAACAUU